GGCGUCGUGAUAUCGGCAGGGCUGGCAGCCAAGACCGUCAAGGUCCAGAUUGGAGGGGAAGAGUGGAAUAAGAAAGUGAAAAAGUACUUCAAAAAACCAGAAUCCCACCUUGUCCAUGAUCCCAACAACUCCGUACGGACAGGCGACGUCGUCGAGAUCGUGUCUGGAUGGCGCUCGUCCAAGAGGAAGCGCUUCGUGGUCAACCGAAUAAUAGCACCCUUUGGCCCCCCCGUCGAGGAGAGGCCACCAGUGCCGACACAGCAGGAGAGGGAGGCUGCGCAUGCUGUCAAGCGAGGAAAGAAGCUUGAGAGAAAG